GAGAAAGCCAAACAGCCUAUCAGCUAGAGAAGAAGGCAACCCUACGGCCUCCGGAUUCAGUAACGACUGCUGCGUUCCGAUAACGGCGUUGGAAUUUCCGAAGUCAAGAACCUCUAGGAGAACCAAGAGCGAGAGUUGAACUUCUGCUUUUCCAUUCAUCUAAUAAAAGCUAAUACAAAACUGAAAAGUAAAGCUAAGAGCCAACCGGCCCCUACCCAAAAAGAGAGAGAGAGCUAGGAAGCAGGGUAGAGACUGAGAGUAGGGGAAUGAGGACAGCAGAAGAAGAGGGCGGCGGAGCUUGCGCUGGCGGGGAAACAAUCAGCUCCGGCUACGGAGAUGGAACAGGCCGGACGAAGAAAGGGGGUUGGGGAAGGGUGGGGGAUUUUCAGCGGGAUCUGGUGGCUGGGGCGGUGAUGGGUGGAUUGGUGCACACGGUGGUUGCGCCAAUCGAACGGGCGAAGCUUCUUCUACAGACGCAGGAAAGCAACGCCGCCAUCCUCGGCCUAACUGGCCACCCGCGCAAGGUUCGCUUUCGCGGUAUGGUUGACUGCAUCGUCCGCACUGUCCGCGAGGAAGGGGUCCUUUCCCUUUGGCGUGGCAACGGCACUAGCGUUCUCCGUUACUACCCCUCCGUAGCUCUUAAUUUUUCUCUCAAGGCUGUCAUGAAUAAUCGAGAAGGCUUGCAACUCUGGACAACGUAGUGGAAGUCCCUGUGUCAAAGAGUAAUUCUACUAAAACUUUUUAAGUUCUUUUUAAGAAGGUAAUUUCUUAAUCAAUUUAACUUCUUUAUUACAAAAUGGCAUUAAUCUCUUUGCAUAAGAGUCAUCCAAGAUGCCUAGGGUGGACACAAGCAUUUACUAUCAUUGCUUGAAUGUUCUCUUGGGUAGCAUCUUAAUGAAAUAGAGAAAGGUAAAUGCCGUAUUAGAUAGAAUUGAACAAAUUCAUCAAAGGGAAUGUCAAUAAACUUCUUGUGGUAGAAUUCAUCGAGGAGGUUCAAUAUUUUGAGUUAGUCUCUAACAUCAUGUUUAUUGAGAAAAGCAAUUACAAUUGGAGGAUAUAUAUGGACUUCAUAUAUCUUAAUAAUGAGUGAUAUGGAUGGUUACCUUUUAUCAAUUAUUGACAUUCUAGUUGACUUGGUUUUUGGGUAUCCUAUGCUUAGUUUUCUUGAUGUCUUCUACAGUUGCUCUCAAAUUUGAAUGCAACCAAUUGAUGAGGAAAAGUUCAUUAUCUGGACCGAUGAAUGCACUAUUGUUACAAUCAUGUCAUUCAAGUUGAGGAAUGUCAUGGCUAUGUAUUGUGGCCUCAUAGAUAUAAUUUUCCUCUAUCAAAAAAGAAGAAAACAUGGAAGUUGAGGAAUGUUAUGGCUAUGUAUUGGAGCUUCAUGGAAAUAAUUUUCCACUUUCAAAAAAGAAGAAAACUUGGAAGUCUUAGAUGAUUUCUUAGUAAAGAACCAAACUCUUGAAGAACACCUAAAAUAUCUGUUGACUUUCUCUAACACGAGGAAGUAUAACAUAUGAUGUAAUUCUAGCACAUGCAUAUUUGGAGAACAUUUUAGCAAAUUCCUAGGCUAACCUUAUUUCAUCUUUAAGUGUAACCUUAAGGAAUGACCUCACCUUGCUUAGUUAAUGAAUUCUGCAAAAUGACUACAAGAUUAUGUAAUUCUAGUUAUUUCAUUUUUAUACUUGGGAAAUGUGUAUCGAUCUUCAAAGACUAAAAAAUAAUUAUCUGGGCCAAGUGGAUGUCAUAAAACAUAAUUAUAAGGCAAUAAUGAGAUAACCUCCUCUCGCUUAGUUAAAGAAAUUUUAUCCGCUCGCUCAACUAAAGAAUUCCACAUGCUAAAUGCAAGAUUAUGUAGUCUCAAUUGGUUCAACUUUGUAUCUGGGAUAAUGUGUGUUGAUCUUUAAAAUCUUGAAGAUAAGCUGUGGGGGUACCAAGUGGAUUGAAAAUCUUUAAGUCAUUCUAAGAGCUUAAAGUAUUUGACAACAUCACCGGUUCUCACCUACCCGAAUUGAGCUAAAUCAUCUUAAUCAUAAAAAAGUAUGCAUGUGCUUUCAUUGUUUUUGUGACGGACUAAGUUCCUGUUUUAAGGCUGUGAGAUCCGAGUGGUUAUUUGAAAGCCAUUAUGAUAAUUUCUACUUUGAUGUGAACAUUUGGCAAGCUUAUCGAAUGGUCAAUUAAUCUGGGUGAGUGCAAAAUAUAGUUUUUUAUGCUGCAUGACGAUCAAUGCUCAAGAUUUGGCCAACUUUGGGUGGAUUUUACGCAAUUGUAGAAGUCUAAUUCAACUCAAAGGAGAAUAUCUCAUACAUGUAUAUUGAUGGACCUUUUGGUGCCAACAAUAGUGGAGUGGGUAUGGUUCUCAUAAGCUUGAAUGGAAUAGCCUUAAUCUGAUGCCCUUGGCCUCAAGUUCAAAGCUACUAACAAUCUAAUUGUUAUGAAGUAACUCUUGUUGGACUUCAUUUGACACUUAGCGUCAGGGGGAGGAUUUCUCAUCUUCAGCAAACAACAGUCAGCCUUGAAUCAAACCAAAGGAUAAUAUAAGGUAAGAGGCAAGACCCUAGUUGCAUGCUUAGAUAAAUCUAGGUAGAGGUUAGGAAGUUAAAGAUCAUAAUAAAAAAAAAUUCUAGGGAAAGAAAAUCAUUUGGAAAGCUUCUAGUAAAGUUGUACAAAUCUCAUGCAACAUAUAUUCAAGAGGUAGCUUUUCCAUUCAUUGUGAUAGGAAACACUUGAAGAUCUCAAGUAAUUCCUAUCAAUCUUUAGAAAAAUAGCAAAAAUCCUCCACAAGAAUUCACACAAAAUCAAGAAAACAAUAGAAAAUUUGUAU